AUGGGCGUUUUCCUCUUUCCGCCCUCCCAUUCAUCUCAGCGCGUUAUUCCCGAGGUAGCACGGAGUCCCGCUCUAGCGAUGGAGGAGGAAGCGGACUCUCCGCUCCUACGCUUUCUGAUCGACCUUCUCAAGCCCAUAUCGGAGGCGGAUCCGGCGCUGCUGGCGAACUACGUGGUGGCGCUGCUGCGGAACAGCAAGCCGCACGACGAGCUGCGCCGCCUCUGCCUCGACCAGCUGCAGGACUUUCUCACCGAUGAAACCGAGGGUUUUGUAGCGAAGCUGUUCGACGCACUCGAGCGCGGGGAGAUCUCGCUAGAAGACGCGGAGGAGGGGGACGCGGGGGAAGACGACGACGCGGACAAGAAGCGCAGUCGGGGGGACGACGCGGAACCUGCGGAAGCGAAUGAGUCCGGGAGAGACGGGGGACGAGGCGGAGGGAGGAGCGGAAGCAGGCGGGGAGAUGGCGGGCAGCGGGUUGCGGAUGAGGAGGGGGGUAAGGGGAGAGGGGGAAAGAGAAGUGGCACGUCGCGAGAGAGGGGGGUGAGGGAGAGAGCAUCAGGGGAUGAGGAGAAGGAGCGGGACGAAGAUGGUGGUAAAGGCGGGGAGAGGGGCGAGAGGGAGCCGUAUCUCGCGGCUGAAGCGGAGGCGGAGGAGAGGGCGGAAGCAGGAGGGGAGGAGCGGGAGGAGGAGGAGGAAGGGCGGCGGAAGCGGCACGAGGAAGACGAAUCGAGCGACGACGACGACGAUAGGAACCACAAGCACAGGCGCAGAGGCGGCGAGCGCACGUUCCGCGACGAGGGCGCGGCGGGGGAAGGAGCGCGCAGCAGAGAUCCCGCGGAAGGGCGCGGUAGCGUGCACUCGCGACUAGAGGGCGCGCGGGAUAGAAGAGGAGGUGACUUUAGCGGGGGUGGCGCAGGCAGAUCGUUCCGCAGCCGUGACGGCCCCCGUUCCUUCAGGCCGGGGGAUGGGGGCGGCAUGGGCGGAAGGGGCGGGCCCAUGGGGCGGGACUUCCCCCGCGUGGGGGGUGCUGGUCCGGGGCAGCCGAUUCUAGGCCCGCAGAUGGGUAUGCCGCGGUUCCCCAUGGGGGGAAUGCCCGGGGGGAUGGGGGGGCGCGCGGGCCUCCUCAGGGGCAUGCCUGGGCGCUUCGAUGGGGGCCCGGGGAGGGGCAUGGGGGGGGAGCAGUGGGGCAUGGGGGGCGCAGGGGGGGCAAUGCCUGGUAUGUUACCCGGCAGGGUAGGACCUGGGAUCCCUCCCCCCGGUCUCCCUGGUGCGCCUAUGCCUGGCGCGGGGAUCGCAGGGGCAGGCCCGGGCAUGGGGAACGGCAUGGGCGGGGGCAUGGGGAGGGGGUUCUUCCCUGGAAGGGGCGGGGGAGGGGGUCCGGGGCUUAUCAGACCAGGGUUUGGCGCAGGGGGCCCGGGCUUUGGAAUGUUCCCAGGUGGCGGGGGCGGCGGAGGGAUGCCGGGAAUGGGCGGGGGAAGGAUGGGCGCAGGCGGAGGGGGGGCGGGAGGGGGAGGGGCUGGACCAGGCGCGGAAGGGGGUGCGGGAAUGGGCGGCGGGGGGGGAGCAGGUCCGGGGGGCCCCAAGGGGAAGCGCGCGCGGUGCCCUGACUUUGAGGAGAAGGGGUUCUGUCUGAAGGGCGACCUGUGCCCGCUGGACCAUGGCAACUACCGCAUUGUUGUGGAGGACAUGCAGUCUCGAUCUCCCUCCAUCCUCUCAUCUUCUCCUUGCGUUCCAGUGGACGGCGGGGGAGGAGUGAUGGCAGACGAAGGGGAACAUUAUGACCCGGACGAGGCUCUAUGGGUGCAUGAUUCCAAGAGGGCCAAGGGGAUGCGGGAAGUGCGGGUGUAUGGGGGCGAUGGGGCGGACGGGAAUGGGCGCAUGCAGGGGGGCAGGCGGGGUGCGCCUGGGGAGGUGAGCGUGUGGGACCGGAUUGGGCCGGUAGAGCUCACAGCAGGCAAGGGCCUGCAGGCGUCUCUCAUCAAGCAUUUCUCAAAGUUUGGUCCCGUGGUGGAUAUCAAGGUGCAUGGGGACAAGGGCCGCGCGUUUGUGCAGCUGGGCGCGAGGGAGCAUGCAGCAGCCGCCAUAGCAGCACCAGAUGCGGUGCUGGGGAACAGGUUUAUUAAGGUGUUUUGGGCUAACUUUGAUUUGCAGCCUGAUCCUGCUUCGGCUGCUGCGGCGGCCGCGGCGACUGCCGCUGCGGCGGCUGCUGCGGCUGGUUCGGCAGGGGAGGGAGGUUCGGGAGCAGGGGCAGGGGUGGAGGGUGGGAAAGGGAGCGGCAAGGGUGAUGCUAGUGCUGGCAAGGGUGGGGCGAGUGCAGGGGGGGCUGCGGCAGCAGCAGCAGCAGUUGACCCUGCAGAGGCAGCAGCAAAGGCGAAGGCGAAGUUGGAGGAGUUGAGAGCGAUUCAGAAGAAGAAGGAGGCGCUGCUGAGGGAGCAGAUUGAGAAGCGCCGGCUGUACCUAGAGCGACUCAAAGAGGCCAGCCAACAGAAACAAUCCCCUGCCGCUGCUGCACCAGGUGCAUCACCGGGUGCUGCUUCAGGUGUUUCUCCAGCAGCAGGAGCAAGUGCAGCACAGGCAGCAGCAGGCAGCAGCACAGCCAGCCCUGCUGCAGGUGCCACAGCAGGUGAUGCUGCAGGAACAGCAGCAGCACGCGCAGGGACAGGAGCAGCAGGAGCGGAGGGAGCAGCAGCAGGAGCAGCAGCAGGAGCAGCAGCAGCGGCAGCAGCAGGGGGCAAGGCAAUGGGCACACCCCCCGGUGCUCCCUAUUCCUCUCACUCCCCUGCGGGCCCCGCACCUUACAUGGGUGGCAGAGGGAGAGGGCGGGGCGGGUACGGGGGUUAUGGAGGGGGGUAUCACUACGGGUGGAGCGGAGGGGGAGGGGGGGUGGGAGCGGGUGCAGGGGGCGCGUGGGGGAAUAAGUUCAAGCUGGACAAUCGCACCACUGUGGUGCGCGUCACACCGCCCAUCCCCGAAGCCAUUACUGAGUGUUUACCCUGGAGCGAUCGCGUGGUCGAACCUGCACGGAUGGCGAGGCACGUCGCGCUCAUCCGCGCGGUUAGGUCCGGAGCUAGGCUCGGCGAGUCCGGCAACGCUCGUCUGCCGUCGCGGUUGCUCGCGGGUGGCCGUCAGAUCGGACGGCCAGAAUGCGACGUCACUCACUCGUCACCCGCCGAGCGCGCGGAAGUCGACCGCUUGUUCUUGCGGGGGGAUCCGCGCAACUACCCGCGCAGCUAUCCGCGGAAUAGCGCGCGUUUUCUUUCCUCCUCCGCCUCUUCGUUAGAUCCUGGGAUUGCGCCCUCGACGCGCACUCAAUCCGACGGCUCCCCGCACGCGCCGGCAGAAUCACCUUCCACGCCUACUUCCGCCGGCACUGAGCAUCUUGACCGGCUGGGCACACGGCUGACCGUCACAGGCGCCGGAGACAGGGCGGGAGAGGAUGUCACGACGGCCACGUGGCAUGCUGACGUCCAUGAGAACACGAGAGGGGUUACAGGCAGAUCUGAUGCCAUCAGCAGUGCUGGUCACUACCGUGAUAAUAAUGGCGGCACGGGAAUGCGCUAUGGUGGCAUGGAUUGUAGUAGCGGUUAUUUGAGCGGCCUUGCGUUUGGAUCGAGUCGGAGGGGUCCUAGGGAUUGCCGAGAUGGUGACACUUCUACCAGUACGAGCCAAUCAGCAAGUGGCAUGCGGUAUGGCCGUGAGAGAUUGGGUGACAGUGCGGCAUGUGGUGCUGCUAUAGACACCACCAUAGCACAUGGAGCCGCUACAGAUGCCGUACCAUCUGUAGCACCUACAACCGAUACAGGUGCCAUGCCGGUUGUAGCAGUGGAGGAGAGCAACGUCUUGACUGCUCUUGGCACUGCCACGUAUGUGACUGCCACGUGUCGUAUCUCUAUUGGUGGACCGGCAAUAUCAGCAUCAGCAGAAGCAGGAUCGAGAAAAACUGUAUCAAAGGCAGCAGCGGCGGCGGUAGUGAGAGAGCUUGCUGCAAGGCUGGGCGGCUCGCCAUCCGUAGUGGCGGCGUUUGUUGCUGGGGGAGGUGCAUCUGAGGCAGGUGCAUCCACAACAGGCACUGUGCUGGAAUCGCUGGGGCGAGAGGUGGAGAGGGCUUGGGGAAGCAUGGAGCAUGGGCCAUGGGGCGGCGAGGGGGCGAUCAUGGGCGAGACACACACAGGGAGAGUAGGCCGUAGCGAUGCGCAUGGCAUGGGGAACCACGGCACGGAUGAUGCUGACGGUGAGGGUGAGGGGGAGAGUGAGGGGGAGGGAGAGGCAUUGGAGUGGGAGGAGGUGGUGAUGGCGGCGGCAGCGGACGAGGUGAUAGAAGGCGUGGUGCUGCUGGAACUGAUUGAAGACACUGAGCACAUCAUCCGCGAGAUGACCGCCUUUGCCCCGCACGAGGAGGGGACGCAGCAGGGCGAGGACGACACGCAGGUGAUGCAUGAGAUGGAGGAGGUCGCUGGGGAGCUCAACUGCGGCCAGUGCAGCCCUGCAACCUUCCCUGCAACCGCCUCCCCUGUUCUCUCCGCUCCACCUUUCACAGAACCUUCUAACUCGUUCGCUGAGUCUAUCCGAGCAAUCACAGAGGGCCACCUGGCACAAGCUGAGGGCGCGGUUACCCAGCGCCUGGAGGCAGCUUCCAGGAGGUUUCUGGGCCUUGCAGAGGGCCUGCAGACGCGUUUAGAGGCGCCUCAGUACAAGCUGGAGGGCUUUGCGGACUCCAUUCAGCAACGAAUCUGGCCCAGCAAUGGAUCCCUGCCAGGAAACGAAUUGCUGUCGGCAAGAGGAGCUGUUUCAUCUAGAGGGGAUGGUGUGAGAAGGGGGCUGAAUGGGAGGGGAGAGGAAGAGCGGGAGGUGGUGGUGGUGGUGUGCGCUGCUGCCAUGCCCGGUGUGGACGUGAAGGGGUUUGAGGUUGAGGGAGACGCGUUCCCGGACCUGGGUGGCAACAUGGCGCACAUGGUGACAAGCAACGCCGCCCACUUUGUGCUUGCAGGGACGGGAGGCCCCUCACUGCCCAGUCUCCUGGCCCGCCUGCACACCAUCUUCCCCCACUCCUCCAGGGCAUCACUGCUCGCCCACAGCCACGCUGUCCACAUGCACCGCACCUGCGCGCCCUCGCCCCCACACGGCUCCACUGCCGGCCUUUGCUUCUCCCUCAGCCCCUCUGCGGAGCAGCAGAGCAGCGAUGCCCUGGAAGCGUGCUUCACACACUUCAUCCGCCACCUCACCCUCCCCCUCCCCCCUGCCACGACCCUCCGUGCCUCCUCGCCUCCAUCCCCCACCACUGCAUCUGCUGCUCCGAGCAUGGACAAGCCUGCAGGGGCCAUUGCACCGCCUGCCCCCUGGCUUCGUGUCAACAAUCUCCUGGGGGCCUCUUUGCAAGCUCUGUUGAACCCAAAUGCCGCCAAGCUUGCCCACGAGCAAAAAGCAGCUGAGACGUGUGUGGCGACUAACAUGUAG